GGCCUGCGUAGAUCCUCAAGGGGACUGAGCGCCACCUCAGUGUGUGGGCACCGCGUGCAGGAGCGAGUCUUCUUUCCACGUCGCGCUGCUGGUUUACCUGGCCUCGCUCCUCCCCGGCCCAGCCGACGGAUGAUGGGGGCUGUGGUCGGUCGACGCUGCCUGGAGUGGCUUCUGGGCCUCUACUUCCUCUCGCACAUCCCCAUCACCUUGUUCAUGGACCUGCAGCUACUACUGCCGCCUGAACUCUACCCGGUCGAGUUUAGAAAUCUGAUAAAUUGGUAUUCUAAGGAGUUCAAAGACCCUCUGGUGCAGAAUCCCCCGCUCUGGUUCCAGUCCUUCGUGUUUUGUGAGCUUGUGUUUCAGCUGCCUUUCUUCCCCAUUGCAACAUAUGCCUUCUUCAAAGGAAGCUGCAGGUGGAUCCGCACCCCUUCAAUCAUCUAUUCGGUUCAUACCAUGACAACUUUAAUUCCGAUUCUCUACACGCUUUUAUUUGAGGAUUUCCCCAAAGCCAAUGGUUUCAAAGGACAAACACCUGAGACUCCCCGUGAACGACUAACCCUCGCAUGUAUUUAUGCCCCCUACUUAAUCAUCCCUCUCAUACUUCUACUUUUCAUGUUGUGGAAUCCCUACUACAAGUAUGAGGAGAAAAGAAAGAAAAAAUGAGGGCAACAACCACUGGCCCGG